AUGCCUCGACGGCAAAAACCAUCAAGAGGACUCAAAACCUUUCAUAGGUUCCCUCAGCUGCCUCUGGAGAUUCAGGAUGAGAUCUGGAAGCUCGCAUUCGAAAAUGUAGUCCCAAAUGCCCACAUCGUCAAUUUUACAGAAGAAUACAACCCUGACGGUACAACACAUUGGUGUUUGCAGCGCCUGGAUGCAACAGGAUAUAGUAGUCGUCGCGACAAACCUUUAUAUCACACCCGCCAGGACCUAAUGCUGACCUGUCGACGUUCGUGGCUGAUCAUCGGAAAGAUAGUGAACAAGUUGACGUGGGAAUACGAAGAUCCUCGAGGCACCUGGUCGCCGACUGUAGUCCGUGAAGGCCAAUAUUGGCUGUUUCAUUCAGAGGGCCCUAUGAAUAUAGCAACGGUCCACCAGAGGAUCUACACCUCUUAUGAACUCGUUAUUAUUUCUAACCCAUGGACUUCAAUCUUCACCCACGCCGGGCUCCCUUCUGGUAACAUACCUGUCAAAUAUGCCGCUUUCCCUUAUCAACCCAACCUUGGCCUUUGGUCGAAUACCGAAGCCGCGUUAAGCAGAACCCUUCGCAUUUUUAACGACCUCAAAAUUCUGUAUAUUCUGCUUGAUUCAGACAAUAUCCGGAAAGGAAAAAUCGGCAAAGGAAAACCCCGCAAAAGGCAGCAAUUGGAAGACAAGGGACUCUAUCCGGCGAUGCAAGAACAUCUAAGAAAUCACAAAAGAACCCCUGGGGAAACAUCGCCUGCGAUAUUCGUUUAUAAAGAUCGAAUCUACCGUGAGAUUUCGGACGUUAUGCUCCUGAAGCUAAAUAAGCUAGCAAGGUUGCCAUAUAGAUUAGAGGGCCUGGAAAGGAUCGCAAGAUUCGAAAGGGCGAAGAAUGGGCAAGUUCGCCCACCUCUGAUCAUUCGGCUCAUGACUUGGUAA